AAUAAUGGAUCAUUAAAUUGCCGCCAUAGUACAAACAGAUAUCAAUCAUAAAUGAAACUAGUAGUUUGGGAGUAUUGAUCGGUUUGUAUGAGCGCAGACGACAGUCGGGUUCCUUCAGAAAACUGGGACAAGAUGCCAUGGACAGACGCUAAGCCAGUGGGCUGGGGAGGCGGGAGUUUCUGGGAGACGAGUCGGUCUGUGUCCCGGGAUCAUCGUGCGGCAAUAUUCGGGAGCACCAGUGGUCCUAGAGGGUUCUACGUCAUACACCCCGACUGGACCUCAGAAUCCUUGUACUUGAGCAAACCUCUAUACACCGCCAGGAGUCGCAGCGCAUGGGGGUGGGAGCGCCCCAAAACUCACAAAAAUAUCAACGGGGUGCAGAGCUACGUCAUGCCAAAAACGCCAAGAGUGCCAAAGGAAUCGCUAAGAUCGACAAGAAUGACGAAAGGGGACCUCGAAUCUCUUCGUUCUUAUUCAAGAUGAAACUGAAAGUGUAAAAAGUGUGAUUUGAAUGAAAACAAUGGAGGAAAACACGUUCUAAAUGCAUUAGUUGUUCUAGUGGUAAAGACGGACUAGUUGUUUGGGAAAUGGGUUUGUUGCGCUCAGCUUAUAAACUGAGAUAAAACAAAAAAGAUAUGAACGUUAUAAUAUGGACAGUUUGCUCAGUGUAACAAGAUGAUUUGCUCAUAUGUAACGCUUAUAAACUGGUUACUGUGGUAAUACAAGGUUCGUUGAACUUAAAGAUAAUUAUGUCAGUUUUCCAUGAUCUCAAGAAUGUACAUUACAAUAACAGGGUUUCAAAAUGGAGGUCUUUGUGCUAGUGUUAUUCCAGGUACCAGAGUUUGAUUUUUAAAAAAGGAGUUCACUUACAGAAAGACAUCACAAUUAUGCAUCGUACCUGAAGCUUGGAAGCAUAAUGCACUGCAUAAUAUACUGUGUGUAUGUAAGGUCUAAGCCUGAAGGCACAAAAGGCAAGUUUUCGGUGAAGGUGAACUUGAGGCAUGGCUUUGGUAUAUGAGGGUGAAGUACCAAUCAAAAUCAGUCUUGACUCAAUUAAAUUAUCUUUGGACCGCAAUUGCCCUUAAAGCAUACAUGUAUACAGGCAG